ACACAUAUGUAUAUCAUGUAAUCAAUAUGCAGUUCGUGUGUCAUCUUGUACCGAUAAAGUAAUAUUUGCAUGGCGCUGUCAUGGCACGCAAUUUAAACUGUGAUAGCAUUAAGCACGAGUACGUGAGAAAGAGCUAUAGCAUAACCACGAUCCGAUAUAUGUUAGAAAUUAUAAAGAUUAUAUUAUAUAGAACAAAGGUUUUUGAGGUUAACGUUAAUGCUACCCAACAAUUUGCAUUGCAUGUAUAUACGUAGUCGAAUCGAUACUGUGGAAUCACCCAUUCAUAUCAUCCAAGGAACAAGUAUGGCUCAUCGAGUUCUCAGUCGAUAUCCCAGAACGAUGGUACAUCAUUCGCAGAAAGUGGUGCAAAGGUUCGAGUACCUGCUCGUGAUGGACUUUGAGGCUACGUGCGACAAAAACCCAGUGCUCAAACCGCAGGAGAUCAUAGAACUACCGUGCGCAGCGGUGUCCACAUACGACUGGGAGUUGAAGGACACGUUUCACACAUAUGUCAGACCGAGGAUUCGCCCCGUGCUCACACCGUUUUGUACGGAUUUGACGGGGAUCAUGCAGGAGACUGUGGACAAUCAGCCUUGCUUCGCAGACGUAUUCACGGCGUUCCGGAAGUGGCUGACGAAGGGAGGGUACUUCGACAGGCCCGACAAGAGCUCGUUCGUGACAUGCGGCAGUUGGGACCUGAAGAUCAUGCUACCGGCCCAGUGUGAUUUAGACGGCAUCACGUUAUCGGAUGAAUUCAAACAGUGGAUAGACUUGAAGCAUACAUUCUGCGAAUCCACCGACUACUUCCCACGGAGCUUGAAAGACAUGCUCGCACGAUUGAACCUUCCACUGCAAGGACGUCUACACUCGGGCAUCGACGAUGUGAAGAAUAUGGUUUCGAUAAUACAAGCUUUGAGAAAUACGUAUAAUACACAAUUUAAAAUUACUUCAUCGUUAAUGACUUCCACAUUAAAUUUGGGCACCAAGCAGGAACAUGAAAGGGAACAUGAAAGAAAGAACACGUGAGAAUUAAUUAAAAAAUUGUUUUGCAUUAAGUAAAAAAUAGUCGUUUUGUAAAAUUUAUCACAGUAACUAUAAAUAAAUAUUUCAAUCAUAUUGUAAAUAUAUCUGAUCACUGUCGUUUUACAAUAACAUUAAUCAGU